AUGGCUGCCACCAACACAAAAGUUACGGUGUUGUUCGCCCAUGGUGGCAGCUUCUGCAAGGACACCUGGGACCCCAUCACGCGCCGUCUGAAAGACUCGCAAAUGCUUCAAUCGGUUCCGACGGAUUACAUCACGUUCGACUUCCCGUACCAUGGCAACCAACAGGAUCCGACUCUAUUGCAGCACUUGAGCGUGGACCUUAGCAGUCCGAAAGCACCACGAGUGUGGAACGAGAAACACGACCUCGUCGAGUGGGCGGCUGGUGCGGUGAACGACGAAGUGAAAGCGUGGAAGCAAAAGACAAGCACAGAGACUGAAAACAAGACGCACCACAUACUCAUCGGAGUUGGCCAUUCAAUGGGGUCAUCAGGCCUUUGGGCUGCGGAGGUGGCUCGCCCGGGCACCUUCAGUGGUCUCAUUCUGUUCGAACCUGUCCUUGCGCAACAGUCACCCGAGACCGACUACUUGGUUGAUUUUAUGGCCACCCUCGCACUCCAACGACGCAUGUCGUGGCCCUCUCGUGCUGCAGCUGAAGAGCACUUUUACAAUUGGCAGAACUUUGCCAAGUGGGAUCGCGAAGCGCUCGGUGGAUACCUUCGUGGUGGUCUAAGAGAAGCGGAAGAUGGUACCGUCACUUUGGCAUGCCAUCCGAACCUCGAAGCUUCUCUGUACUGCCAGAAACCCUUGUGGCUGACCGAGAACGAGCUGCAGCAGCCGAAAUGUCCCAUUACAUUCCACUGGGGUAGUCGCUCGAAGAUAUGGUUUCGCGAUCAUUUUGAGACGCUACAGAGAAAGCUGCCCCACAUCUAUAAUGUGAGAGAACCUAUGGAGGGUAACUCGCACGUGUUAGUGAUGGAAAACCCUGAGCUUGCGUCGAAAAAGAUCGCGCACGAUCUCUCAGAGCUCGUGCCAUAUGCUGCUGCUUCGAAAUGA